UACACAAGGCCGUAAUCUCUACCGUAUAUAGGAUGGGUACGUCAAAUAAAAAAUGUUAUUGAUGCGGACGUGGAUGACAUUUUAUCGCUGCCACGUUGUGGGGAACUUGGAAGAGAGGCUGCGCUCUAAUAUUUUCAAACGCAGUUAUGGCGGAUACAGAAACAGAUUCUGCUGGUGAAGGUACGACUUUACCAACAUUUCAUGGUAAUGAAAAUGCAUCAAGCGAAAUUGAAGGCGAUAUACACAUUCCAGUUGCAUCUGAUGACGAGGAAGAGCUGAACACUUUAGACGAACCAGUUUCUGUAACUUUAAAAAGAGAUUUUAAGGCAGUUGGAAAAAAGUUCUUUCAUGUUCUCAUUCCCAGGCAAAGCAAGACUUUGUUAAGAGACUGGGAUCUAUGGGGACCAUUGUUACUUUGCAUUUUGCUAGCAGUAAUGCUACAAGGAUCUCAUGGUACAGGUUUAGCUGGUGGAGAUGGAGGGCCUGAAUUUGCAGAAGUGUUUGUGAUUAUAUGGUUAGGUGCAUCAGUAGUUACAUUGAAUUCAAAAUUACUUGGAGGGAAUAUAUCCUUCUUCCAAAGUGUUUGUGUCCUAGGCUACUGUGUUCUUCCACUAACAGUUGGAUUAGUAAUCUGCAAAAUAAUUUUAUUAGCCCACCAAACAACAGUUUUAUUUGCAAUCAGAUGCUUGAUUGUUUUAGCAAUGUUUGGCUGGUCCACCUUUGCUUCAGUUGCAUUUCUGGGUGAAAGUCAGCCGCACAAUAGAAAGGCUUUAGCUGUAUAUCCAAUAGGACUGUUUUAUUUUGUGAUCAGUUGGCUUGUUAUAUCUCAUACCGGAUGAAUUGUUAUGCUGAAUUAGAUCAAAGUUUGUCCUCUAAGUAACAUCCAGGGCAAGACGGUUCCUUCUGCCCUCAGUAAGAAUUACUGUCGUAGAAUGAGGGGAAAUGGCCAAAAUUAUCUCUUAAUUCAGUUUAAUUUACAGAAUGUGAAAACUCAUAUUAUGCAGUGGUUGAAAAUUAGAGAUUAAAGUAAAUUGUAAAUAUCAUCGACAAACAUUAACAGCAUCAUACAACCGCUUUAAUUUCCAGCACGUUGAAAUGUUAGAUGUAAACUUGUCGGUAUGUGCAAUUGUGAGAUAAAGUUGGAAUCUUAAUGCUUGGUUUUUAAGCAAAAUAUGGUCUGUGAUAGCAUCCCGUGGUAGGUAUCACUCAUGCAAAUAAA